AUGGUGCUUGAAUCUGGAGUGAUUAAUUUUGACAAGAAGCCUGUAGUACUUCAGCCUUGGUCAUCAGAUGUUGAGUCUUUAAGGUUAGUAAAAUCUGUCCCUGUUUGGAUUCGAUUACCUAGUCUCAGGCUGCAAUACUGGGGUGUGAACUGUUUGAGUGCUCUUGUUAGCACGAUUGGCACUCCUAUCAUGGUCGAUAAGGUCACAAAAGCUAGAACUAUGAUUAAAUUUGCUAGAAUCCUAGUUGAUAUGGAAAUUGCUAAACAUCUCCCCAUGCAUAUUCAUUACCUAAAUGAGAGAGGUCAGGUUAUGGAGCAACCCAUUGAUUAUGAGUGGUUACCAACUAAAUGCUCUGGUUGCAAGAAGUUGGGUCAUACUGCUGCUGUCUGUAAGCAUGCCCCAGAUGCUAUAAAGAAGUUGACAGAGGCUAAAAACCAGGCUAAUGCAGUUGAUAUUAAAGCAAGUGGCAUUGCUGCGAAUGCCCAGGAUAAUAGUUCCCAGAAUAAAGCUUUGAUUGAAACAAAACUAAAGGGAGACAGAAUAAGGGAUUUUAUGAACUCAUUUUUUGAUGGUUGGAAGUUUUAUAGUAGUUCUGUGGUGGAGGGGCGUAUUUUUCUAAUUUGGAAAGCUCACUUGGUGAAGGUUGAAAUUAUUCAGGAGAAUGCUCAGCUGCUACACUGCAGAGUUAAUAUGCUUGGUGGGAAUUUGGCUUAUUGCCUCUCGAUUGUAUAUGUCUCUAAUCAAUUGGAGACAAGGAAAUCUUUAUGGUCUGACUUAGCUACUGUUCAGAGACUGGUUAAACCUUGGAUUGUUAUGGGAGACUUUAAUGAUAUCUUCCAUGUUGAUGAUCAUCUUUAUGGAAGACCUAUUUCUGUUAAGGAAAUGGAGGAUGCUCGUCAAUGGUUGGCUUUGGGAGAGGCAACUGAAAUGAAGACUUUGGGCCCUAAUUACAAUUGGUCUAAUAAGCAAGAUGGAGGAGCUCGUAUUUUCUCCAAAUUGGACAGAGUUUUUUCUAAUGAAAGCUGGACUGAUGUCUUCCCGUUAGUUGUAGCAUAUGCUCAAUGGGAUGUGGUUUCUGACCAUUGCUAUUUGCUGAUUAAACAGGGGUAUUUAUGUAGAUUAGGAGUGAAGCCUUUUCGGUUUUACAAUAUGUGGGCAGCUCAUGAAAAAUUCAGGGAAACUGUUCUUCAUAGCUGGUAUAUUCCUUUAGAGGGGUAA